CUCCCACCACCGAAGUUACGAACCUGUAUACAAGACCGUGAUCAAGAGUAAAAGAUAGAAAUGAAAAUUAAUUUAUAUCAAAUGGUGAAAAUGGACAUUAAUGUUUUUAGAAUAGAAAUGGAAUGGGGAUAGAAAUCUCUUACGAUUUCUUUUUAAUUUAGUUUUAAUUUUUUUAUUUUAUUAAUUAGAUUUGUUUCUAACAUAUUUUUUUCUUUUUUUCCUUCGAUAUACAAAUACAUACGAUAUAUGUUCGAACCUUUUUGAGUGCAGAAAGUGUAAGAAAAUGCAGUCUGGAUCAGACGAAUUGUUUUACACCAUUUUACACACGUACAAUAUGUGUGUUUGUGAUGAUUUUUUUCUUACAAUUUAUUUUCGUUAUUAAAAUGUUAUUGCAAUAUAAAUACGGAUGUAUAUUAAGUUACGUAAAACAUCGUGAAAAACGUCACAACCGCUUAAUGGACUUUACGAUCCCGAUACGUCAAGGGCCAAUUGCCGGUGUACUUUGACCCCUGGCUUGCCCACCGAGUUUUACAGAGCCGUUAUUUCUUCUACUGAGAGACUUCCAGUCAUAUAAUAAUCAUGUCGGAUAGCGUUAGUCCUAUUAAAUAUUUCUUGAGCGGUGGAUUCGGAGGGGUUUGCACCGUGAUAGCGGGCCACCCUCUGGACACCAUAAAGGUACGACUGCAGACAAUGCCAGUCCCAAGACCUAAUGAAUUACCUCUAUACUCUGGCACAUGGGACUGUGCUAAGAAAACAGUCACCAAAGAGGGAAUACGUGGCCUAUACAAAGGCAUGGGUGCACCAUUAUCUGGCGUUGCUCCGAUAUUCGCAAUAAGUUUCUUUGGAUACAGCAUUGGGAAAAAGCUGCAGCAGAGCGUUCCAGAUGAGAAACUUACACCAUUGCAAUUAUUUUAUGCUGGCGCAUUCAGUGGCAUAUUCACGACUAUUAUAAUGGCACCCGGUGAACGUAUCAAGUGCCUAUUACAAAUACAACAUGCGGAUGCUAAGCCAAAAUAUAGUGGACCUUUGGAUUGUGCAAAGCAAUUGUAUCGAGAAGGAGGCAUUAGAAGUAUCUAUAAAGGCACCUGUGCUACAUUGUUAAGAGAUAUUCCAGCUAGUGGAAUGUACUUCUUAACGUACGAAUACCUAAAGGACCGAUUUACCCCAGAGGGAGGGAAACUUAGCUUAUCUGCUACCAUAACAGCCGGCGGUUUUGCGGGCAUUGCAAAUUGGCUAGUGGGAAUGCCACCUGAUAUCUUGAAAAGUCGUCUGCAGACUGCGCCAGAAGGUACGUAUAAAAACGGAAUACGCGAAGUAUUCAUUAAAUUGAUGAAAAAUGAGGGACCAAUAGCGCUUUACAAGGGUGUCGUGCCCGUUAUGCUACGAGCUUUUCCUGCAAACGCAGCCUGUUUCAUGGGUUUCGAAAUUUGUAUGAAAUUCUUGAACUGGAUUGCACCAAAUUUAUAAUUUAAGCUGCGCGAUGUAGUCAUAGAGAAAUUUUUGGAAAAUGUUCCGUCUUUUGACAUCCAUUGCUUCACUACGAUUCAUACUCGGUAGAUGCAAUUAAUUUGCAAACAUAACAAAAAUAGACUAAAUAUAUUCUUGUUUUGUAGCUAUCUUGAGAAUGAAUCUCAAACUGAUGAUAUAUAUGUACAUAGUGUUAGAACUGUUGGAAACAAGAUAUUUGUAUCAAAGGAGCAUUAUAUUCGAAAGCUAGAUUUUUUAAAUUUCUGCCUCAUCUAUGUAAAAAAGAAACAAACAAAUGAAAGUAUAAGAUCAGGGUAUUGUAAUUUGUGUAGAAUUUGUUUUGUAAAGAAUUUUAAAUAUAUAUACAAUGUUGUAAACAUAUCACAUAUCGCGAAUUACGUUAUUAAUAAUUCUUAAAAGGAUGCUAAAACAAAUUAUUGACAUUUUUUCAUUGUAAGAUAUCUUUGAUUUGGUUGUAUAAAACUAAAAAAAAUUAUAUAUAUAUAUAUAUAUAUAUAUGUGUGUAUAAACAAAUUGAUUAUUAUAAAAUUGCUCUCUUCAUUUUUGUGUGUACUUUAAUUAUGUAAAAGAAAACAUUGCAGUCUUCUGUAACGUCUUUUUAAUUAAAAGGUAUCUUAAAAUGAAAAAAUGUCGAUAAUAUAUUAGAAUUUCUGUAAGAUACUUAUUGAAAGACUGCUCAAUAGCUAUUAUAUAUGUGCAAAUUUUAAUAUCACAAAUGUAUCGUGUAUAUUAUACAGUUUGAAUAUAAAACUUUAUUAACGCAACAGUAUAUAUAUAGUUAUAUUUAUAUUGUACACUGCAAUGGAUAUUAGGAAAUAUACAAUUGAGAUUUUAUUGGAUUAGCUUUGUAAUAUACUUUAUGUACAAGACUUUCCGUGUACAAGAGAGAUCAUACACAAUAUACAUAUAUAAGAAACAAAAUAAAUGUAAGUAAAUAAUUAAUUUUCUGGGAAAAAAUGUAUGUAAAAAA